AUGUCCCACAACCGCCUCUCCUCACUCUGGACCCGCCCUGCCGAUGACGACGACGACGAGCCGGAGAGAUCCAUCGUCGACACGGAGCCAUCGCGCAGUGCCACUUUGGUCCGGAGAACGCGUUCACGAUUUCAUGAAAUGCUUCACCGGAAUAGCAGUCACGCCAGCAGCAGACCAAGCCUCCUCUCUCAUCUACCGCGCAACUCGUACAUGCGAAGCGCCGUCGACAGCACCCACGACGACCACGGCCUAUUUCCCCCCCCGCGCUUGCCAUCUAUCGGCCACUCGUCCAGCUUCGAGAACGACAUGUUCAGCCAUCAGCCACCCGACUCGGACUCUGCACCCCGCUCCGAGAGCUCACAUCGCACUCAGAGCAGACGACUAAAUGUCCUGCGACCCGACCGCCCUUUCCGACAUCUUGCCUCACUUCGCCGCCGACGCUCUCCCGACGACGCAUCGCCCUCCAUAUCAUCUGUACGCCCAAGCCGAAAUGAGGAUCAGGCGGCCAUGCUCAGCAGGCUGCUGAGCGUGGCUGCAGCCGCCACCGCAGCCACUUUGAUGGGAGAUGACCACAAUGCAUUGAGGGAGGCGAGGAGCCUGACUGGCAGCACUGGCUUGGGAGAUCUCAGUGGCAGUGGCGAAGAUGGAAGCUUUGACGGAUUUCUUCGAGCACUGCAGAAUGGUAGGAUAGCAUCUGCUCUCCGACAGGGCAGCACCGACUCGGAAGGCGAUGCUGCCGGCUCGAAUGGACAACCUCUGAACUUCUUCCGAAUGUUUCGCUUCGGCCCUUCGCCCGUCUCCGAAGGACAUGAUGCAGCCAGUGACUCGGCGAGCGCGAAUGGCGACGAAGGACGUCUGGUUCCCAUAAUCAUAGUAGGUAUACGUUCCAUCUCUCCAAACUCCAGCUCUGGCUCUGGCACUGGCUCUCCAGGUGACGACCUGCCACCCUUCAUUGACGCUCUUGGCAACUUCCCAACCCCCUUGCCGGCACAUGCCCUCGGGACACACGGUCACGAUAGCAUCGACUCUAUCCUGCGACCGCCGCAGAACGGCACGUCCUUUAGACACAGGAGGCGAGCCAGUAUGGGAGGCUUUGGCAUGGGCAGGAGCAGAUUGAGCGAUCGCAUGGACGACCAGCGAGAUCACCGGUCUCCGGACCGACGUAGACAACGUCCUUGGAGUGUUGCGAGCUCCAGCUCUAACCUUGAGCCUCGUCCACCGCCUGCGACGCCUGCGAGCCCAAGUCCAGAAUUCAGCCGCAUUCCGAGCAGGAACAGCACGCCCAACCAUUCGCGGCCGACCUCACUUGUCGCCAACAGCAUGCGAGAUUUCGAAAGCUCCACUUCUCGACGUAAUAGUAUUCUGCACCGCGCUUCGGCAACCAGUCCGCUCAGCGCUCACACUGAAGAGACGGCUUCAAUACGCUCUAUGCACUCCGCUACCGGUCUGCUCGGGGAUUCAGAACCAUAUCGUCUGCACCGCCGCUCAGAUACAGCCCCAAACAUUCACUACCCUCGAUUUGCUUCUGGUCACCCACGGCGGAAUGGCAUGGUCGAGCCCGAUCACCUUCCAUCACUGUCGCGCUCAUCUACAAGCAACGACACCGAUUCGACUAGUCACGACAACCGGAACAGCAGCAAUGACUCGCGUAGCUGGAUCAUCUACGUGCUUGGCGGCUCUUAUCCCGAAAACCAUCCCAUUCUGACGACGCCCAGUCUGUUCACCGAAAACCCUACUUACGAAGACAUGAUGCUGCUAUCAGCGCUGCUCGGGCCGGCCAAAGCACCUGUCGCUACCGACGAGGACGUGCAAAGCGCAGGCGGCAUUUACACCAUUGAGAGCGAUGGCGGCAUGACGCAAGAUGCCGCCAAAACCGCUGCUCUUGUCGCUGUAGCGACGGAAGGCGAGGAGCGCGUCGUGCUGGACGACGACCAACGUUGCCUUGUUUGCUUGUGCGAUUUCGAAACGAAGGAGGUUGCACGCAAACUUGUCAAGUGCAACCAUCUGUUUCACAAGGAGUGCAUCGAUCAAUGGUUGACCACUGGUCGCAACUCAUGUCCUCUCUGCCGCGAGCAAGGUGUGGAUGAGAAGAAGCCAGUGGAGAGCGAGAGCGAGAACGAGAGCGAGAACGAGAGCGAUGCAGCGGCUGCCAACGACAGCAGCUCCAGGUCGAGCGAAGUUGUCGCUGGUGCAGACGUGCCUGAAGUGGCGGAACUGGAAGGCUCGUAGCGCGAGUCUAUACCAAGGAGGGAGUUGAUGGCUCAUUUGCUACUGACAUGUGGCUGCAUUUUCAUGAUACCCGUUCGCUUCAGGGACAAGUUGCCAGACCUGGAAAUGGUUGGUGGUGGAUAUACAGUUUCGGAUACCUGCGUGGCGUUUCACGGGCUAAGCUUUUGUUGGCGACAGCGGCAAACGCGUGGUGGACAUAUGUCUAUACGGACGGGAAGCAAGGACGAGGCAGUGAACUGCUUGAUUGGCGAUGAUUUGGGUGUGGCGCAUGGCAUGGCAUAGGACUCAGGGAUGGGAUGGAAGAUAUGAGAUGCACCACAGAGGAGGCCUUUGCUAUACAUCUCCUGGCGGCUUCGAGGAAGUGUGCAUUCAUCCUGCUCUGCUCCUACUUUAUUAACGACAUGACGACUUUGAGUUUUCCUCCUGGUAGUGGGUGAGCGACAGACAGACAUCUCUGUUGAUGCAUAGCGAAUUGGUCAAGGCAUUGUUUUCUUUUCAUAUACACUGUCUCUGCCAUCGACCUGUUCGAAGCUGAAGCUUAAACCUGAAGAGUGAACGCCAUCACUAAAAAUAGGAAC